GAUAUGAUUUAAGCAUGCACAGAGAUACUCUUCGCCGAUGCGACUUACGUUUCGUGCAGCUGCGGGCAGAAUGUCCAAGGACUCCCACUGAGCCGUAACCUGCAGUCCUUCUGAGUCCGAAAGGUAUUAAUAGGGAAAUGAAUCGUCCCAAUCGAGCCUUGGGCUCAGACUCUGGGGCUAGCGGCUCAGGCGCAGUUGCCGGGGCGCGCGAGGAUGCAAACGGUUUGCCUGCAGGGUCAGCAGAGCCCGCAAUGCAAGGCACGGCACUUAAGUCAGAUAAUCUGACAGAAAGUGUUACGGAAGCCACUGGGCGCGGUGGCAUUGGUGCCCCAAACGGGAGCCUCGCAACCCGUUUCGGCAGUGCAGCUGCGCCAGUCUCCCCGUCAGCAGCCACCCCGGGGGCAGCGCGAGGCACCCACCCAGGCGUCGGCAGCGCGGGCCGGGGCUUGGGCGAUGCCUCUCCGGCUACCGCUCCGGGCCAAGCAGUGGCGGUGGAGACGCCGGCCGAGGCUGCCACCACGGGCGCUGCGGGGCGCAGCCGGCGGGCACGCACGUGCGCGCACGACAGCUUCUUGCUCCGUUUAGAAGGCGACGCCUCCGGUGUUGUGCUAGGCUCACAGACGGCUGCGCUAGCCGUAGAGGGCCAGCAACAACAGCGCGUCAUGCACCAGGGCGAGACGGAGGGAUCGCACGACAUUGCACAACACCUUACGCAACAGCAACAACAGCAGCAGCAGCCGACCGCGAAGGAGGCGGGAGAGGAGGAGGAAGAUCUGGUGUACCGACUGCUGCCGCCGUUCAAGGACGCAGACGCAGCCGCCGCCCCUCCAUCAGGGGACGCCACCGUCUCACACGAUUUCGGCGGCAUGGGUGCAGGGGCGGGAUUUCCCGCUGGUAGUGCUCGCGGCGGUUCUGGCGGCGGUGGUGGUGGCGCCGUCGCCAAGGGGCGCUACAGGGAUAUGUAUGAGCACUUGCUUCACGACUUUGAGGGCAACAAAGACGAGAUCCGUGACCGCAUCCUGACGGGCGACUGGAACCAGCGGCGCUGCUACCCGCUGGCGGGACUGUGGGUGCGGCCCAGGAGGCAGGCUUCACCGGCGGCUUCGCCUCAGGGUCCUGGCGGAGGGGGCAGUGGAAGCAACGGCAGCGACAGCGCCGGGGCUGGCGAGCGCGAGGAGGGUGGUCAGGGGGAGGAGCAGCUGGUGUGUGCGGCGCUGCUGCGCCUGACGCUGGAGGGCACCAAAGACGCGUGCGGCGCCAAGAGCCACCUGCAGGUUCUUUACAUGUCGACGUGCGGCCCGGAGGCUGGCGGCGAGUCGCGUCGCGGCCAGGGUCUGGGCCGACUGCUCACUCGCUGCCUGCAGCGCUCCGCACACCAGGCGGAGCUGGAGUACAUGGCAGUGGUGCUGGCGAGCAGGCGGGUGGAGCGCUUCUGGGCGCGACUGGGCUUCGACGCGCCGCCGCGUGUGAGCGGCACAAACAUGGCCCGGCUGGUGUGCGACGCCGGUGUCCGCAACGGCGCCGGCGGCGUGGCGGUGUGGCAGGUCCACCUGCCUACGUUGGAGGCCGCGUCAUCGCAGCAGCAGAAGCGGCCGCCGGGUGCUCGGCGUGCAAAAGCGCCCGCGGCAGCCGGGGCGGCGGCGGCAGCUGGGUGUGCAGCGGCGGCGGCGGCCGCACGACAUGGGGCGGGGUCGAAGGACUCUCCAUUGGAACGCUUGGUGGUGGAAGCGGUUGACGCUGCACGUGCAGCUCGGCUGCAGGCGCUGAAGCAGACAGGAUGCCAACACCAGCAACACCAACAGCAACAGCAGCACAGUCACGAGCACAAGCGCCGGCGCCCUGAGUCAGAAGCGGAGAGCUCGCAAGACGACGAUGGCGAUUGCGACGGCGAGCCGCGGCGGCGGCCACGAAAGCAGCUGCGGCGGCAACGACGCCUUUCCCAGCAGCUACAGCUGAAGUCGGGUGCAGCGUGCGGCGGGCGAAGCACUGGCAGCGGCAGCGGCAACCGCGGCGGCGGUUCUGUGCCUGGCCUAGAUGUCGACAAGCUGUGGGCCCCGUUGGGCCCGUCAAACGUGGCUAACGGGUUCGUGUACCUUGGCGAGUGGGGCUUGCGCUGGGUGCGGGCGCGAGGGCCCGUGGAGGAACCCGUGGACGUUCAAGUGGGUGCCGACGUGUGGGCCCGGCUUGCAGCACAAAAGGCAGCGGCGGCGGCGGCGGUGGCGGCUAGUGGCGGAGGCGAGGUGCCUGAGUCCGCGCCAGCGUCUGCAGCACGGAGUCAGGCCGAGCCGGCUGAGCAGCCGGCCGAGCAGCAACAGCAGCCGCAGCAGGCAAAGGCGCGGCUGAGCUGCAACAGGAACGCGCGCACGGGGCAGCACGACCUGCGGCUGCGUUUCAGCGCGGGCUGGGCGCAGAGCCACCAUGCGGCGGCCGGGUGGGGCCUGGUGCUGCAGCGCGUGCCAGCGACGUCGGCCGGGGCCGGUGCGGGCGCGGGUGUUGGAGCCGCUGCCGCUGCCGGUGGCGGUGGCAGGGAUGGCGGUGGCAGAGAUGGCGGGGCCGCGCACGAGAGCGGGGCGGCUGCUGUUGGUGCAGCUGCUGGCGUCGUGCAACGUCCGCAGUGGGUGGCGACGUUGCGGACCGCCCGCCCACCUGGGUGCUUCGGCCCCCCGCCGCCGUCAGCGGCCGCUGGCGGUGGUGAUGGCGCUGGGGUGGCGGGAGCCGCCGUCGAGGCGGAUGGCGGCGGGCAGGCGGCGGCGGGCGUGGCUGCGGCAGCAGCAGGCGCAGUAGGUUCAGGGAUAGGAACAACAGCAGGGGCAGGCGAGGGCGAGGGUGAGGGCGCAGGGGCAACGACCACGGCGGUUCGGGCAGCUGCGGCCAGGCUGCGCAGGGCAGCGGUAGCUGCCGCGCGCUCGGGGCGCGGCAGCGGCGGCGCGGCUCAGAAGCCCACCAAUGGCAGUCACGAUGCCGGCGACCGGGUGCACGGCGCGGGGCGGGCGAGCGCGCAAAGCCAAGAUAGCGCGCCGCCGCCGCCGCCGCAAGCAAAGCGCCGGCGGGUGGCCCGUGCCGGCUCGGGUGCAGGCAGCCCGACCCCUGCACGCGGCGCGCACAGCCAGGGCUUGAGCGAGGCGGGGCUCUGGCUGCCGCUGAAGGACUCGAGCCUGGGCCAUGGAGUUGCUUACAUUGGUGACCGGGCCGCAGAGCAAUGGCUGGGUGCCGUGGUCUAUGCUAAUGGCCUGGCCCCUGACGGAGAGGGGGAGCGGCCUGUGGUGCUGCGCCUGGGUGAUGAUGCAGCAGCAGCAGCAGUAGCAGUGGCUGCGGCGGCUGGGAAGCGUGCUGGUGGCAGUGGCAGUGGCGGCAGUGACAGCGACGGCAAUGGCGCAGGUGCAGGUGCAUACGGGCGCCAGAGUGGGAGGGACGCAGCAGGGGCGCACGCGGCAGGGGCAGCGGGCACGCUGCGUUGCAACCUGCACCGCCGGACGGGCCGUUGGGAGUGGCGGCUGCGCUUCCCCAGGUCUUGGGCGCGGGCGCAGGGCGCGGUGCCGGGCUGGGGCUUCCUUCUUUCACGGGCCGCGGCAGCAGACCUUAGCGGCGGCGCGCGAGAGGGCGCGGGGCCUGGAGGUGCCGUCACGGCCGCGGGCCCGAGCAGUCCUGAGGCGGCGGCAGCUGAUGGGCUGGACAGCCUUGUGGCGACGCUGCACGUCUCCCCCCCGGCCGAGACUGCUUCAGUGCCCACGGGUGCGGUCGCGGGUGGGGUCGCGGGUGCAGAUGAGGGCGAGGAUGUGGAUGUGGAUAUGGAUGUGGAUGCAGCAGCCGCUGGUGUUGCGCGGGCGCCUGGCAAGCGCUGGCCCGCGGGCGCUCCCGGCUCGUGGAUACCCGUGAGUGCGCCGGCGCUGCAGUGGGGCAAGGCCUACGUGCCCAAGGGAGUUGUGGGCGAGCUGCUGUGCGCGCAGCAGGCGGACGCGGGGCUGCCAGACGGCAUGAUCGUGCCCGUGCGGAUGCUGGCCUCCAAGCACGACGUCUGCUCAAGCUCAGAUGCGGGCGGCAGCGGUGUUGGCGUAGGCGGCAGCAGUGCGGAUGCUGCAGUCGGAGCAGAGGAGGCAGUAGGGGCUGUAGCGGGGGCGGCUGCGGACGUGGGUUCUUGGGAUGGCUCGCUCAAGACUGUCUACGACAAGAAUGGCCACGCCAAGUGGUUCCUGGUGUGGGGCCGGGCGGCGAUGAGGCAGCACGUCCCAGACGCCGCAGCGCUCGCCGGCCGGGCCCACUGGCGCCUGGCCCGCGUCCACACAGGCGCCUCGGAAGCAGCUGCCCCAAGCACGGGCGCGGCUGUGGCGGCGGCGGAGUCCGCGGCUGCGCCUGCCCCUGAUGCAGCGGGAACGCUAGCCGUAGCAGACGCACCGUCAGAGCGGGCCGCAGCACCUGAUGGCGACGGCGCCAGGGAUGCUGCUACUGCCGCUACUUCCGCCGCUGGUGCUACUGCCGCUACUACCGCUACUGCCGCUACUGCCGCUACUGCCACUGCUGCGGGAGGUGCGACUACAGCUGCGGGAGGUGUCGUGCCAAUCCAUGAUGCGCUGCGGCGCGUGCUGAGCGGUCAGGUGCAGCUGGCGGCGACCCUGGCGGUGGGCACUGCCCUGGGCCCCACGUCUCCCACCACCAAGGGGCCUCACAGCGCCCUCGUGGCCCAGGCACCGCGGGCGGAGGCACGCCGACCAACCCGCCAGCAGGCCUCCCCAGCAGGCACAGCGCGCAACGCAGCCCCGGCGAAGGCGAAGGCGUGGGGCGCAGCAGGCCCAGCCGCAACGGAGGACGCGCUGGUCGCGCUUGCAGCGGCGGACGCGGCCACUCCGGACGCGGUAUCUGCAGGAGGGUCGCUUGGGAGGGGCGGCGCUGCCGCGGCCACGGCCGCGGCCGCGGGUGCUGCCGCCGUGACGGAGGGCGUUGCGUCUGGCCGUCUCACGCCACGCAAGGGCCGGCUGGCAGCUGCAGUGGCUGUAGCAGCAGCUGCGGCAACGUCGAAGCGGGCUGCUGCGGCUGCUGCUCCUUCUGCGAGGCUUAGCGCUCAUGUCGGCCUGCAUCCGAAGGGGCUGAAGGGCCGUGCUGCUGGUGGUGGUGCUGCUGCCGCUCCUGGUACUAUUUCGGCUGCUGCCGCGGCCGCGGCACCGCCCACUGCUCCUCCGCAGCCACAGCAGCAGCACGCGGGCGCUGCCGCCGGCAGUACUGGCGGUGCAGAGCAGGGCUUCGUCCCCCUCACGGCGACCGCGCUGGACCACAGCCGGGCCCCGGUGCGGCGCAGGUUCGUGGCGGCAUUGCUCGGUAGCGGCGUGCUCGCGCGAGGGCUGCCGCUCGAGCAGGCAGUCAGCGUCAGGUUGAUGAGGGGCGGCCGCCCGCCGACGCCACCAUCGUCGUUGCAACAGGCGCGUCCGCAGGCGCAGACAGGUCCGCAGGCGCAGACAGGUCCGCAGGCGCAGACAGGUCCGCAGGCGCAGACAGGUCCGCAGGCGCAGACAGGUCCGCAGGCGCAGACAGGUCCGCAGGCGCAGACAGGUCCGCAGGCGCAGACAGGACCGCAGGCGCAGGCGGACGGGGCAGCAGCAGCAGCCGCGGCGGCUGCCUCCCCGACCGCGCGAGGGGCGAAAGCAGCAGCGGCAGCAGCUGUUGCAGCGGCAGCAGCUGUUUCUGCUGCUGCUGCGGCGGCUGCUGAAUCCUCUGCGGCAACGGCGGCGGCUGGUGGAGGUGGCGGAAGCGGCGCGGGAGGCGCGGUGGCGGCGGCAGUGGAGGCUGCAGAGGAGGUGGAGGAGGAGGCGGCGGUGUACGGGCGGCUGUACACGACCCCGCCGUCCCGGGUGCGGCCGGGCUACAAGGCGCGGUGGGUGCUGACGUGGCCGCGGCCCUGGCUGCCCCCCGCCUCGUUGACACCGGACACAUACGUCCUCAGGCUGCGCCGGUUCGACGUCACCGGCGCUACAGCUGCUGCUACAGCGGCGGCGGCUGCGGCGGCUGCAGCGGCGGCGGCUGGAGCAGGGGCUGCCAGUAGCACGACCGCGGCGGCAGCUGACACAGCAGACGUGACGCCGCUGCAGCAGAUACGGUCCGGCGCGGCGCAGUUGGUCGCGGUGCUGGUGCGUGGCAGUGGUGGCGAGAAGAAGAAGAGGUCGGGGCGGACAGCGGCGCCGCCACCAGCAGUUGCAGCGGCAGGUGUGGGUGGCGCUGCUGCUGCUGCCACCGCUGCCGCUGCCGCUACCGCCGCCACCGCCGCCGCUCCAGUGGCGGUCGUACGGCCACUUGGCCGCGCCGCACAUGCCGCUGCUGCUGCUGCUGCUGCCGCCACCGCUGCCGCUGGUAUAGCAGCUGCUGCUGCUAGGGCUGGGGCUGGGGCUGGGGCUGGGGCUGGGGCUGGGGCUGGGGCUGGGGCUGGGGCUGGGGCUGGGGCUGGUACUGGCGUUCGUGGAGCAGGAGCUGUGGCAGCAGGGGCAGCUGCAAAGCGUGGCAGGUGCCUGCUUCAGAGUAGUAGUGCUAGGAAGCGUCGGCGCAGCACUGCUGCUGGGCUACAAGAGGAGGAGGCUACGAAGGGUGAUGAGCACGGAAACGCCGUGCCUGUAGACGGAGGCGGUACCGGUAUGUCUGGGGACGAAGCCUCAGAGGAUGGGGUUGACUCUGACAAGGAGUGCGGGAACGUGGGGGCAGCUGCAGCAGGAACGGCGCCGGCGGCCCAAGGCGGCGGCAGCAGGCGCCGAGGCAGCGGCGGGCGCUUUGCCCCCGCAGCCGCUGCCGCUGCCGGUACGGCUGCUGCUGCUUCGGUUGCGGCUGCUGCUGGUGCUGCUGCCGCGGUUGGCGGUGGCGGCGUCGCCCCGGCCGUGACGCUGACUGCCACGUCCAUGCGGCGCGGCGUGACGCUGGUGCGCAAGCAGGUGGUGGCGGCGCUGAUGGGCUGCGCGGCGCGGCGCCUGGCGGACGUGCGGGUGUCGCGCACCGAGCACCUUCGCGUGCGCUUCGUCGUCCCCGCCACUGCAACAGCAUUAGCAGCAGCACCAGCACCAGCAGCACCAGCAGCAACAGCAGCACCAGCAGCAACAGCAGCACCAGCAGCAACAGCACCAACGUCAGCACCAGCAGCAGCAACGGGACGUGUUGCGGCGGCGGCGACGGCACCGAGCGCGACUGCAACGGAGGCGGUUGGGAAGCUGUACACGUACGACAUAAAGCCAGGCCCAGCAGCACGGUCGCAGCAGCAGGCUGCAGCCAAGAAGCGCAAGGCUGGCGGCGGGGGGCGACAGCCGCAGCUUGACCAGCAGACCAAGUGGCUACUGGCCUGGCCGAGGUCCUGGCUGGCGUCCAUGCGGCUGCCGCCGGACAUCAGUUGCCUGCGGCUGUCGGUGGAGGAGGCGGGCGCCCGCCGCGGCGGCGGCGCCGCAGGCGGUGCUGUAGGAGGCGGCGCAGUCGGAGGGCGAGGAGAAGGAGGUGGUGGAGGCACGGGCACCAGCAACAGCGAUUUGCUGCAGCGGCUCCGGAGCGGGCAGGCGAGGCUGGUGGCAACGGUGGUGCGAGGCGGCGAAGGCGCGGGGCCGCUGCUGGCAGCGACGGCGGCGGCAGCGGCCGGCGGCGCGUGCCGCGGGGGUGCGGCGGCUGCGGAGAAGGAGCAGGUGGAGCGGCGGGGAGAGGACGAAGGCGAGGAGGCUGUUGCCGGCGACAGCAGCGGCAGCGACGACGAUGACGUGGAGGGCAAUGGCGCCACUAGCAGCGGCGAUGACGCCGGUAACCCAGAUGGGGAUGACGACGACAACCCAGAUGAAGAAGGGAAGGCUGUGGGUGCUGGCGAAGCAUGUGCGGGCCGGCAGCGGCGGCACGGUCCGCAUGCGGGGCCUGUUGCGGGACCGGCGGUUGUGGGGACGGCUGUGGUGGUGGGGCCGGUACUGAUUGGGCCGGUUGCGGUGGAGGUGGUGCGGGGCGCGCUCCUGGAGUCUCAACAUGUGCGGCGGCGUCUUCGGGAAGCACUACUGGGCGGCGGCGCGCUGGCGGAGCUGGCAAGGCAGGCCUGCUCCCCGCACGUGCUGCAGCAGCUGCGAGCCAGCAUCGAGCCGGGGCCGGCCGCAGCAGCUGCCACUGGCGCAGAUGCUGGUGCUGGUGCUGGUGCUGGUGCUGGUGCUGGUGCUGGUGCUGGUGCUGGUGCUGGUGCUGGUGCUGGUGCUGGUGCUGGUGCUGGUGCUGGUGCUGGUGCUGGUGCUGCCAAUGAUGGCCCAGGCCGGGGCGUGGGCGUCGUUGUGGAGCUGCGGACGGGCCCGGCCGCGGGACUGAAGCUCAUGCUACAGGCUUUGCCGCAGCCGCAACCGCAACCGCAAUCGCAAGCACGGGACGGCGCGACGGCGGCCCCUGGUGGCAGAGGCAGGGUGCGGCGAUACCGGCAGCAGCACCCGCAGGAGCAGCAGCGGAGCGGCGGUGAGGACGUGGCGGUGGACGUGUCAUGUGUAGUGGAGCUGGCAGCUGUGGGCAGCGACAGCGCCGGCACCAGCAUCGGGGCUGGCGCUGGCGGUGGCAGCGGCGGCGGCGGCGGCGGUGCUGUGUUCAGUGUGCGAGCAACCGCCCUGACUGGUGGCCUGGAAGACUCGCUGCGUUGUUUGGGUCAGGUCGAGGCACUGGACGCGGUGGUGGAGUGGCUCCAGGGUCUGGGCCGUGGGGCGGCAAAGCACGGGUAGCCACGCCGGCGUGUCAAAGUGGCGUGUAUACACAAUUGGUGCACCCGCCUGAGGUCUCCCGAGGAGAGCGGGCUGGCGUAGCCAGAAAGGCCGACCCCCGCUGCCCAAAGGCUGACAUACAGGGCGACAGGGGGGAAAGCGAACAGAGGCGGGGCGGUGACGUAUGCGUGUGGAGCACGUUCCCACGGCCGGCGCCGCACAGGGUGACCAGGCUUCCAUGAGCGCAGGGCCGUAGGCGCAGGUUCUGGACUGAGAGGUGCGCCGUUUGGGGGUGUGCCAGGGGUGCGCGGCGUUCGCCAACUUGGGUGUGCCUGUCAGAACAUGUACAUCUGUUUUUGCUGCACUGCGCCCGUGUUGCAGCGUCCGUGUCAAGCAGCGACACAGUCCACGGGAAAUUUGGUGGAGCGCGCAAGCAGUGUUGCGGCCCCUGUGCGCGAGUAACGUUUGAUUGUCUAUAUACUGGGUACGGAUUGCAGCCUACAUCUGGCCACACGGCCGACCGGCGGGGGGGAGACGAGGAGUUUAUUUGGCACCUUGCAACUUGCAAGCAAGCGCAUGUCUCCUGGCCACCUUUUGUUGCAUCAGGUGCAGCUCCCUGGGAGACGCCACACGUCACGACCGUGGGGGUGGAACCAGCGCUCGUAUCUUCCUUCGUUCGGAACGAAAUUUGCCCCAAAAGGCCUCUGGCGGACGAAAUUUUUGUGAUGUUAACAUGAAAUUUCGGCCAAAACGCACGGGAUCUUGGGGGGUAUUUCGGCAAACAGACGAAGACAUUUUUGGGAUUUCGGCCACUUUUGGCCAAGGACAGGGGGGUCCAGCGGCUACUCCACGGCCGAAACCUGCGUGGCAUAUGGUAAGAAGGCUCAAAGGGCUGUAUCUAUGGGUGUUGACGGCGGGAGACAGGGGUUCCCCUGGCGGGAGAGUGAGGUUGGGUCGGCAGGAAGCAGGGGAGGAGUGGGCGUGUCGUGUCGGUGUCGACAUCGUGCGGGUCGGGGGCGGAGCCCCCGGAAAAAUUUUGGGGGUCAACGAAGCGGCGGCAGCCUGUUUCGUCAACUAAACGAAGCCAUUUUAAGGAAUUCGGCCACU